UUGCCAUGUUCUUCUCCUGUACUUUCACCCUUUUCGCAGUAGACCAAAGACUUCGACAACUGCCUCAUGUGUUCACUGGGUAUUUGGGUCCGGCCUCGAGAACCUGCAGCUGUCAGUGGUGUGAGUGUAACGAAGAGCACUGGUUGAGGAACUUGCGGAGCAGCUUAGAGCAAAUAGGGCAUUGGUUUUGCACAUUGCUGCACUUGUUUCAGCUCAUUUUGCCUUUUGCUGUUGCAGCUUGGUCAGAGCUGUGAUGGAUGACCAUAGCCGCACGCGUUACGGCUCCGGCAGUAGCUACACUUCUUUCCAAGGAGAUCAGGAGAAGAUCUCCUGCUCUUCUGCUUGUGUUGUUGGAUCUUUCUCUCGUGACGCUGAACAGAUGCCAUCCUCUUCUUCCUACCCCAUUUCUGCUGGUGGUGAUGGUGGUAGCAGUGGGAAGGAGUCUCAGGACCAGGACUUUGACUCUCUCGACUGUGAGAGUGAGGAGGGCGUGGAGGCGUUCGAGGAGCCUGCAAAGCCGGUUCCUCGCCGGAGCUCUGGCUCGAAGAGAAGCAGGGCAGCAGCAGUUCACAACAUGUCUGAAAAGAGGAGGAGGAGCAGAAUCAAUGAGAAGAUGAGGGCAUUGCAGAAUCUUAUUCCCAAUUCAAACAAGACGGAUAAGGCUUCCAUGCUUGAUGAGGCCAUUGAAUACCUCAAACAACUGCAACUCCAAGUACAGAUUCUGUCAAUGAGGAAUGGUCUUAAUCUCCACUCGAUGUAUCUAUCCGGAGCUCUUCAGCCUUUGCAAACUUCCCAAAUGUGUAUUGGUUUUGGUCUGAAUAGUGAUAUGGCAAUGAAUACAGGAACAGGCUUGCUACCCCUGAACCAAGAUUCAGCUGCUCAGAUUUCAUUUGAUCUGUCAAAUCGGUGGACAUCCUCCGUCCAAUCUACCAUCGAGGCGAGUGUCAUCAAUGUGACAAAGCCUGAGGCUUCGUUAUUUACAUCCUCACACUCUCAUCAUGCAUCAUUCCAAGUGCCUGUUUCCUGUGAGGACAUGUUCUCAGGUGAUGUGUCAGCCCACAUGCAAUUAGCUGCAGUGCAUAACACAAUGAGCCACAUAGGAAAUGAGAGGAGCUCCAUGGCUAUCAAUGUGAAGCAUUUGGGUAGGCGAAUCGGUGUUGACCAUCUCAAAGAAUGCAUGUUUGGCAGAGAAGAGAGAACAGAAGGCACGUUAUCCGAUGAGGAAAAACUUCAUCCAGAAUCUGCAUGGGUAAUUUUUUCCUUCUCUUCCUUUUAGCACUGUCUGAUGCUGAUAAGUGUGUCAUAUAUGAAAUUGACCAGCUUACAGACUGGAGCUGAUGCCAAGGAAGAUUUCUAAAGUGCACCUGAUACACAGAAGAAUCUUUGCUGAUUCCUACUGAGGCAUUCAAGCCAACAAGAUUUUGGACUCAGCCAUGUCAAGAACUGCAACUGUGUUUUUGAACAUUUCUUUGGCACCGAGACAUCUAAUAUGUAAAUUGAUGAAACAGACACCUCUCAUGUUCAGAGAAAGUAUCAUUUGAAGAAGAGAUCCAUUUUGAUUAA